UAAUUACUUGUAAUUAUCAAUAGUAACGUCACGAAAAUAGGAGCGAUGGUGAAUAUAUAAAUUGAUUGGAUUGCGGACGAUUAAUUUAGAUAAGAGUUAUAUUCACAUAUGAAUAAGUGACGUGAGGACAAUGAUGGCUAAGAUAAAUAAUUAUACGUGUCCUAUGGCUGUCGCUAUGGCUGGUUGGUUUGUUUUAAUUAUUUUUAUUAAUACUGUGUAUGCUGAUGAUUUGUCAUCGUCAUUGACUGCCAGCGGAAUUCCCACGACUACUGAAACCAGUUCUCACUCAAAUGCUUUCUUAGAUUCUGUGGAAAAGGAUGACUCUAAUUUGAAUGAUAAAACACAAACAACAUCAUCACCAAUUGUACUGCAGCCAAAUAUAACAGGCGCUUUAGAUGUUGGCCAAGGACUUUUAGUACCGUUGGUACCAGUGGUAGAUCCCACUGCAAAUAAAACCUCAGCAAGUCCUCUGGUAGCGAGUCUUUUACCAGUAGCCGUCGAAUCAGUUCCUCCGACAGAUCAAUCUGAUGAAUCAAAGGAUGGAUCUGAUUCCAGUUCGGCUGAGAUAAAAGAUGACAUGGAUGUUGCUGAAGACAUUAUCUUUAGACCGCUAUUUAGGUAUCGUCAAGAGGUUGCUGCUCGUCAAUCAAAGUCUUACAAUCAGAGAUAUUAUCAGCCAUACAUAUAUGCGUAUCGCAAGCGUCCGAAUUAUUAUAAUUAUGACGACGCAGACUAAUCUGUAUAGUUUAUUAUACAAUUAAUGUAAAUAAUUAUCUCAGUAUUGUCAAUAGCAUCCAAAA